AUGGACUCCGUGCUUCGGUGCAUGUCAGCUCUCUAUCCUUUGCUGACGUUGACCGAGCUUUGGCACACUCUUGGUGUUCUAGAUGCUGUUGUGGAUCGGAACUCGCAGCUCCGCGGUGUUCUAGGACCUGGCCCAUCAGGGCAGCCCUUGGCUGCAACCCCACUUCUGGCGCUGGCAGACCUGACUUUGGUGGCGGCGUACAACCUUGCCAAUGGCACUAUUUCUGCUGUCAUCCGAAGCAACAGCACGGCUCUGGUGGAUCGUGUGAUGUCGGCCACAAUCAGCAUCGGCAGCGCUGCUGCCGCCACGGUGCCUUUAAGCAGCGGAGCUCCAGCAGAGGUGUCCAAUCCAGGACGUGGGCUCAUCCUGAGUACAAAGAGCUACGCCACCGGUGCUUUGCAGCUGACGGGCAUUGAGCUUGAGCUGACGACGCAAACCAUCGUUGACCGGCCCUAUCCAGGCUUGACGAUCCCACAAGUGGGCUCGAGCUUGGCCGAACUUCGACAAAACGUCACGUCGCAGGGCGGCCCGCCUCUUUGCUUAGGUGCCUCUGAUUUCCUGUUCGACCGCCUGGAGUUAGUGGUUGUGCAGUGGGGCUUCAACGUCAUCGCCAUCGGUGAGCGUUUGGGCUCCGGUGCCCCCAGUGGCGCCGAGGGUGUCCUGAUCUCCGUCCGCGAUGUUCGCUUGCAAAGCUGUGGUGUACCGGUGCCGGUGACGGCCGCUGCCAUUGAGGGAGAGGAGGCCAGGGGUGCCUACAUGUGCCUGGCCGAAUUGUGA